GGUGCGCAGCCCAGUUCUACCGAGUGUAGUGUGAUCGAGCCACAGUUCCGCGAGAAGAACGUACGAUCGUACCAAUCGAAAGUGCCAAGUGUUCUGAGUGUCUGGUCAGUUUAGUGCGGAGUCAGCGAGCAGGAUGAGCAACAAACCAAAAGCGCAGGCGACCGGGGCCGACCAAACGCAGGCGGCACCGUUCAAGUUGUGGGGUGGCCGGUACUCGAAGACGACGGACCAUGUCCUGGCGAAGGUGAACAACUCGCUGGCGGUGGACAAGCGGCUGUACUCGCAGGACAUCGACGGGAGUAUCGCGUACGCCAAGAGCCUGGCCGAGGCGGGCCUGCUGACGCAGAGCGAGUACAAGGUGAUCGUGUACGGGCUCGAGACGUGCCGGAGCGAGUGGAGCAAGGGUACGAUCAAGCUGUUGCCCCGGGACGAGGACGUGCACACGGUGAACGAGAGGCGACUGUUCGAGAUCAUCGGGCCGCAGAUCGCCGGCAAGCUGCACACCGGCCGGAGCCGCAACGAGCAGGUCGUGGUGGACAUGAAGCUGUGGAUGCGGGAUGCGAUCGCCGACCUGCAGCAGCUGCUGCUCGAUCUGGUGCAGAGCAUCAACGACGUGGCGGAGCGCUACAUCGAAGUGGUGAUGCCGGGCUACACGCAUAUGCAGCGGGCCCAGCCGGUGCGCUUCAGCCACUGGCUGCUGAGCUAUGCGUUCUACUUCAAGGAGGACUACGAUCGCUUCACCGAGUUCGGCAAGCGGAUGAACGUGCUGCCACUGGGGAGCGGGGCACUGGCCGGCAACCCGUUCAACAUCAACCGCCACCAGCUGGCGGUCGAUCUCGGGUUCGACGGUGUUUCGCACAACAGCAUGAACGUGGUCAGCGAUCGCGACUUCGUGGUGGAGUUUAACUUCCUCGCCACGCUCGUGGCCGUGCACAUGAGCCGGUUGGCCGAGGACGUGAUCCUGUACGCCACGAAGGAGUACAACUUUGUCGAGCUGUCGGAAGAAUACACAACGGGUAGUAGCCUGAUGCCGCAGAAGCGCAACCCGGACAGUCUGGAGCUGAUCCGCGGUAUCACGGGGCCCGUGUUUGGCCAGCACUGUGCCAUUCUGAUGACGCUCAAGGGCCUACCGUCCACGUACAACAAGGACCUGCAGUGCGACAAGAGCGGCAUGUUCGGGGUGUACGAUCAGAUGCAACUCUGCCUGUCGCUGAUGGCCGGCAUCAUCCGGACGAUGCGCGUCGACGAGGACCGCUGCCUGAGUGCGCUUGGCUACGAAAUGCUCGCCACCGAUAUGGCCUACUACCUGGUGCGCCGUGGGAUCCCGUUCCGGGAAGCUCACCACAUCUCGGGCGAGGUGGUCGCCCACUCGGAGAAGGUCAAGAUCCCGAUCAACAAGCUGUCGCUCGAGGACCUCCAGGAGAUCAGCCCGUACUUUGACGAAACGAUCAGCCGCAUCUGGAACUACGAGAACAGCGUCGAGCAGUACACCGUCGUCGGGGGUACCUCGCGACUGUCGGUACAGGAGCAGAUACGCGUUCUGCGAACGUUUGUUGACGCACGGUUCAGCCGCUGAAGAAGGUGUGCGUACGGCCCAACAAGACCCCCACGCGGAACACGUGUGGGUUUGCUAGUUUUAGAACAAUUUAUUACAUACGUUCAUUCGCGUCUGCUCGACGGUGCCUUUCCAAUGUGUUACUGUUACAAUGAGUGUGUGUUGCGCUGGUGGACAUCACGAUGUCCCGUGCGUCCGUGCUGUUCCUUAGAGUCUAACUAACUUAGCGCUUAGAGCUUAGCCGUAGAACUGUAAUAUUAUCGGUAGUGAAGCGAAACGUAUCCGUAAGUACCGAGAGAGAGAGAGGGAGAGAGAGAGAGGGAGGGAGAGAGGUGAGAAAAGGCUAUAAAGUGAUCACAAGGUUAGCGGCUACCAGCCGGUCGUCACCUGUCCGUCGGCUUACGAGAAAUUCGGUUCACACAAAAUAGUAGUAAUAAUAAUGAUAAUAAUAA